UGCAAGUUGCCACCAGUCAAGGCGUCAACUGCGCCCGGCGCGAACGGCCUUUCUCGAACGGAUAUAACAUGGCAGCUUUUGCAGGCUAUCCUUUCGCUCCCACGUUCCUCUCCCAACAACAUAUUUCGAUGAAGUGAACCGAAUAACAACUAGCCGGACGCAGCGCCGGAUUCGAUGAUGUCACUGCUGCUUCCCCUCUCCCAUUUUUUUCGUUUGCACUAGCAUUCCCAUCAUGGGCAGCCGCCUGGAAAAGAACUCGGAGGCCGUGCGGAAACGCAUAGCCAACCACGAGUUCAACGACGAAGAUGGCGAGGAGUACGAGGCGAACGAGUUCGGGGGGUUUAGCGACUACUUCCGGAGAAAGAAGAUCAAGCUACAAAAUCUCGACGUCGAACUACGCGCAGCUCGCGGAGACAAGCCCCAGAUAUUCAAGGGCAUUGUGGCUCACGUCACAGGCUACACCCAGCCUCCGCUCCACGUCCUCCACAAGGAGCUGGUCCAACAUGGCGCCGCCUUCCUGCAGUACCUGGACUCGAAGACCAUGGCGACACACAUCAUCGCCUCGACCAUGCCGCCAAAGAAAGCCGUCGAUUUUGCCAAGUACCGCGUCGUCAAGCCGGCCUGGGUGAUGGACUCGAUCAAGGCCGGGAAGUUGCUGCCCUGGUCAGACUACCGCGUCAUCGACGACGGGCCAAGGCAAAAGACGAUUAAGUUUGACCGAGGCAAGAUGCUCAGUCAGGCGGCCCCGCAGUCUCCAGCAGGCUACCGCGAACAGACUCAGAACAGCUUCUACGCGAACCAGUUCCAGAAACCCUCGCAGAGUUCCUCCGGCAGUAGCAGCCCGUUUCAGCCCCCGUCUGCAAGGAAAACCGCCUCAACUGCCCUCGAGGCCAUCGACGACUUUGACGACGCCGACGUGGACGCAGUAUUUGAGGGAUCGGCAGCCUCAAUUGGCGCGGCCCCAAGCGAUGCGCCCGCGUCAAAUGCGCAGCCGCUCCAGGAGGGUAAACCCCAGGGGGCGGAGGCUCUCGGAUCUGAACAAGCCGUUGACCUGCCGCAGCCACAAAAGUUGUCCGGGAAAGCGACGACUUCGGAAGAACAUAAUGCUCUGCUUCUCCAAGAUCCCAAGAUUCGCAACUCAUCCACCGCCAACCCCAACUUUCUGAAGCAGUACUACUCGGAAAGCCGCCUGCACCAUCUGUCCACAUGGAAGGCACAGUUGAAGUCGCGCAUGAUGGCCAUGAUGGCGGAAAAGGGACCGGUAGCCAGGGGCAAGCGCACGAGCGGCUCCCGUCGCUACAUCAUGCACGUCGAUUUCGACAGCUUCUUUUGCGCCGUAUCUCUCAACCACCAUGCCCCGGACUAUCGCGACAAGCCCGCGGUUGUUGCCCACAGCACCGGCAGCGGCUCGGAGAUUGCUUCCUGCAACUAUCCCGCCAGGAAAUACGGCGUGAAGAACGGCAUGUGGAUGAAAGAUGCUCAGGAGCUUUGCCCCAGUCUCAAGGUGGUUCCAUAUGAUUUCCCCGCCUACGAGGAAGCGAGCCGGCUGUUCUACGAUACAAUCCUUGGCGUUGGAGGUGUGGUCCAAAGCGUCAGUAUCGACGAAGCUCUGGUCGACAUCACCGAUGUCGUGCUCUCGGAGACCGGUUCUAAUGGCGUCGGGGUCAGCGAAGGCAGCGUCUGGCGGGAACAGGAGAAAGCUGACCAGAUCGCGACGACGCUCCGCGCCGAGAUCAAGAAGAAGACGGACUGCCACGUCUCCGUCGGCAUCGGCGGGAACAUCUUGCUCGCCAAGGUUGCCCUGCGAAAGGCAAAGCCUGCAGGCCAGUACCAAAUCCGGCCCGAGGAGGCCUUGGACACGCUCGGCGAGCUCAAGGUCGAAGACCUCCCCGGUGUUGCUUACAGCAUCGGUGGGAAGCUCGAGGAGAUCGGCGUCCUGUUCGUAAAAGACCUGCGCCAGACCUCCAAGGAGCGCCUGACCACUCUGCUGGGUCCCAAAACGGGCAAGAGGCUGUGGGAGUAUGCUCGGGGAAUUGACCGUGCCGAGGUCGGAGAGCAGCCCGUCCGCAAGUCAGUUUCGGCCGACGUGAACUGGGGCAUCCGAUUCGUUAACCAGGAGGAAGCGGAAGAGUUUGUCCGCAACCUGUGCAAGGAGCUUGAGCGCCGGCUUCUGAAUGAAGGUGUCAAAGGCAAGCACCUUACUAUGAAGAUCAUGAGACGUGCGCUUGACGCGCCCCUGGACCCGGCCAAGCAUCUGGGCCAUGGCGAGUGCGACACGUUCACCAAGAGCGUCACUUUCGGUGUUGCUACCAAUGACAGUGGAGCCAUCGGCAAGGAGUCCGUUGGCAUCUUGCGCUCGUUCAAGUUUAGCCCCGGCGACCUCAGGGGCAUAGGAGUGCAGAUGACCAAGCUGGAGCCUAUCAAGCCGUCUGCUGCUCCUGAGGGGAGCCAGAAACGACUUGACUUUGGCAGCGCAGCUCCGCCAACCAAGAGGCCCAAGAGAGAGCCGGUACACGAGGAGCCUAACGCGAGACCCCCGAGCCGUCGAUUGUCCGGACGGGAGGUCCAGGACGACCCCAUCACGGUAGACCCCCUGACACCUCGGAAACCCAAAGUACACCCGGCCCUAGCGCUGGCCAAGGCGAACGCAGCCGACGAGAAAGCCAAUUCACCCCUCAACAUCACGGGAACUCAGUUCAUCAUGCCUUCCAACGCCGAUCCCACGGUGCUCGCCGAGCUUCCACAAGACAUCCGCAGCAAGCUAAUGCACCAACCCCAACGACCUCCCACUGCCCCAUCCCGCGAGGCAUCCCCGGCCGUCAAAUCCCGUUCUCACAGCCCAGCCGUAACGGAUGGCAUCCCUUCGGACGUCGACCCGGAAGUCUACAACGCCCUCCCGGAGGAGAUGAAAGCUGAGAUCCUCGCCUCCUACGGCCGGAAGAAGCGGGAGUCAGGCGGACAGGUCCUGCUCCCUCAGUCUCCACGCAAAGACAGGAUCAUUCAGCGUCCCAAGGAGAGGUCGACGCCGACCAAGCGGGGCGACAUUAAGUCGUUCUUCAGCCGGGCGCGGGACCGCGAGCGCCGGCAGGACGCCGAGGCGGGGCUGAUGCAGGCGAGCCUGGCGCCGCCGGUCAAGCAGCAAGGGCCUACGGAGCCCAGCGGCCUGGACGCCGCGGCGGUGCCGGAGAGCCUGGACCCGGAGUUCCUGGCCGAGCUGCCGGAGGACGUGCGCUGCGAGGUGCUCGAGGACCAUCGCCGGCGCCGGUUUGCCGCGCAGAAGUCGGCCACGGCCGGGCUGGGCUACCACGUCCCCGUCUCGCCACCGUCCCCGCCAAUACCCGGGCGCGGGAUGGCUCACGAGCGAGCGGACCAGGGGGGUACUGGAGGCGUCCCGCAGGGCCAGACGCGACUCAGGUUCCCUGCGAAACCGCCCAAGGUGGCCUUCACUCAGUCCGGGCUGACAUCGGUGAAAGAGGUCAAGGAGAUGGUUGGGGUGUGGCACGGGGCAACACAGGAGGAGGGGCCGCACCAGGCCGACGUGGAAGUGUUUGAAAAAUACCUAGCAAUGGUGGUGGUCGAGGAGAGGGAUAUGGAAAAGGCGAGGAUGCUGGUCAGGUGGUUGGGGUGGUUGGUGGAGGAGGGGCCGGAAGGAUCAGGGAAGGAGUCGUGGAGGGAGGCGGUCGGGACGGUGAAAGCGGCGGUUCAGAGGGCUGUAAAGGAGAGGAGUUUGGGGGCUAUGGAUUUCGGGUAGCCUCUGUACAUGUGUGCGUGCGUAUAUGCUGUUUGGGAGGGAGCAGGAGGCAGGGAAGGAUGUCCUGAGAUGCGACAUUCGUGGCGAAAAAGGAAGUAGUUACGGAACUGUUGGGAGAUGAACAAA